AUGUCUGAUCCCGAGGUCCCUCUGCCCGGCCAAUGGCCAGUCGAUCCCCAAGAAGAUGUUCCCAUCUCAAAGGACCGCAUAUGGGUUGAUGGAUGCUUCGAUUUCAGCCACCAUGGCCAUGCAGGUGCCAUGUUGCAGGCGCGCAAAUUGGGAAAAGAGCUCUACGUUGGCAUUCACUCGGACGAAGCGAUUCUCGAAAACAAAGGCCCGACUGUGAUGACGUUGUCCGAACGUGUUGCCGCUGUCGAAGCAUGCCGGUGGGCUACAAAAUCUAUUCCCCACGCUCCUUACGUCACAACGCUGCCCUGGAUAUCACAUUACGGUUGUCAAUAUGUCGUCCACGGCGACGAUAUAACAUCCGACAGUAACGGUGAGGACUGCUACCGCUUCGUCAAAGCAGCCGGUCGAUUUCUAGUCGUGAAGCGAACACCUGGUAUCUCCACAACUGAUCUGGUCGGCCGAAUGCUUCUAUGUACCAAGAACCAUUUCGUCAAAUCCGUCAAGGAUAUCCUCGAGGGCAACGAAGGCUCAGAUAAUGCUGAGGACAGAAAGGCGCACGGUGCAGACCUCAUGCAGAGACUGCGCGACUAUGCGACAGACGAAAGCGGUCAUCGACCUGGUCCCGAGGUAUGGCUAUGGAACGGCAGUGAUACGGCCAAGAUUAAUCAGGUUGUCGAACAAGCCGGGAAAUUUGAAGCGUUGAUUAAUGGUGUUGCGCCGAAACCGGGGCAGCGUAUCGUGUACGUUGACGGAGGGUUCGAUCUAUUUUCCUCGGGACAUAUUGAAUUUCUUCGACGAGUGUGGGAUCUUGAAGAAGCCGAAGGUCGUAAGAGUGGUUGGUACGAAGAGAGUGCAAAGCAAAAGAGAAUCGAGGAGCAAGGCACCGACUACGGCCCAGCAUAUAUUAUUGCAGGUAUUCAUGAUGAUUCGGUCAUCAAUCACUGGAAAGGCCUGAAUUAUCCUAUUAUGAAUAUAUUCGAGCGAGGACUAUGCGUUCUACAGUGCAAGUACAUAAAUACAAUCAUCUUUUCAACACCAUUCACACCAACCGAAUCAUUCCUACAAGCAAUGCCAUGGGGUGUUCCUGACGUCGUCUACCAUGGACCCACAACCUUCAUCCCCUUAACAUACGAUCCUUAUGUUGCCCCGAAACAAAUGGGUAUCUUCAAAGAGGUCGACAGCCAUCCAUUCCAGCAUGUUAAUGCUGGCGAGAUUGUCGAGAGAAUCCUCAAGAGCCGUAGUGCUUAUGAGGAGAGGCAACGAGCAAAAUUACAGAAGGGUGUUGUGGAGCAAGACGCCAGGGACAAAGAGUUAGCCUCGCAAGAAACCAACCCCGGACCGCAAUAG